CUUAAAGAGGAAGACACUAUUUAUGUAGCACAGCUUGAGUCACGGCUGAGGUGCAGAUGGAGCUGGUUCUGGCUGAAGGUUGAGGGCAAAACAGAGGUGAAGGGUUCCCACUGCCACAGUAUUUUUAUUUUUAAUUGACAAAGCGGGGUAUGCAACAAGGGUUCUCGUGCCCUCUUGGCACACUGCCAAACUGAGGUGGCUGGAAUGCAAAAAAAGUUAUGAUGAAGUGGUGUCAAGAAAUGUUGUUGUUGUCUUUUUUACUUGAAGCAAAUGUUGUCUUUUCCCUUUAUUUUCAGAGUGCACCAGAAUGCUUUGUUUACAUAUUAAAAUCACAAACAUUUUCUUAUGGAGAGGAUGCCCCAAGACCACCCUAUAGUGAUUAAAUUCGGAAACAUGUCACUUUUUAAACCUCUUCUGAGUUUGUAGGUCUGCUUAUAUUUUAUGACACAGUAAUACACUGGCACCAGAAUGGAGCAGGUUAUAUAAAGGCCAUUUAAUGUCUUCAAGACUUUAUCCUGGUCAAGGUCUGGAGGCAGAAAUAUACCCUGGAUGAGAUGCCAGUCCAUCGCAGAACACCAUGCAUGCACCUAGUGGCAAUUUAGCAUAGCCAGUCUACCUAUCGACAUGUUUUUUGGAGGUGCAAAGAAACUGUUGAUCUUGGAGUAAACCCAUGCUCAGGAGCAAGGUGGCAAUGACAUAUAAGGUCAACCCCAAAACCUAUAUGUUUGCACUGUAUGUAAUAAUAUUUGCAUGUCAUAUUUUUAAUACUAACUGGCAAUUAAAGCUUGCAAUUUCUUAAAAGAACGGUGUAAAUGGUAAAACCAUUACCAUUAUUGGCCCUUAAUGAUAUCCGCUAGACAUAACAUGCCAUCAAUACAAGGCAACAAAUUAAUAGUAGUGGCCCACAGGGACCAUUACAGUUUCUAUUAAAACCAAUACAAUUCCCAUUAUAACCACUAAAACCAUUACAAAUUCUAUGAGGGUUUCUACUGGGUUUUUUUCAGCAGGGUAAAGUUUAGAGUGCGGCUUCAAAUUCAUCAUUAAUUCUACACAUGAAAGUUUUACUUUAAAAUAUUAGCGUAUUAUUAUUAUUCGGUUGCUUGCAUGUCAGCAGUAGGUGGCAGCAAUGUAUUCUCCAGUCUUAAACAUAAUCUCCGGGAUAAAUGGGUAGCGUAGUCCUAAACGCGUCUUGUCGUUACCUGAUCCAGCAAGUGCCCGAUAUGCACUGCGCAUGCGCAAACCUUCGCGUCAACAAGGCAUCAGGCACGGAUCUGGUAGUGACAUGAUAAACCAAAGACAGCGAGGUGAGUUAUCCUGUAUGUUUUUUUAGUUAGAGAGUUAGUUACUGUUAAUUAGCUACUAGACAAAAAGCGUUCUCUUGACUUUUUUUCUGUAUUCAGAUUCUGUGUAAUAUCCGCAGGUUAAUGAUAGAUGCGUCCUUCAGAGCAGUGGUUCUCAAAGGUGGGGUCCUGGGAACACCAGAGGGUCCGUGAUAGUUUUUUUUUUAUUUUUUAUUUAUUUUUUAAAAAUGUUUUUAUUUAUUUAUUUAUUUUAUACCAUUUUAAAGCGUAUUAUUAUUUUACAUUUAGUUACAGUGGUGGAAACCCACCAACAACCCACCAUUAUCAAAUUUAUUAUAUUAAUUAUUUAGUUCUUAUAGGCUAGUUAUUAGCCUGUAUGACUUGACCCUUAAAUAAAGGGGUUUAAUCCAAACCUCAAUAACUCAAAAACAUGUUGGCCUACUAACAACAACAGUUUUGGACUAUUUUUUUUGUUUUGUUUGGAAGUGUCAGGAAUAGAAAUCUCUGUAGCUCUAAUAAAUAGACAAACUCUUACUUUUUAAACAUGUUAAUGAAAUAAAUCUGUACUAAGUGGAUCUGUGGAAUUUAUUUUAUAGUUAAUUGGGUCCCUGGCUAGAAAAAGCUUGACAACCCCUGCUGCAGAGAAACACCAUGUAUCUUACAGAAUUUAGCUAACACCUACUAGUCUUGCCAUACAAAGUAGAACAGGAAUAGCACUGUAAGUUCAGGGCUUAGGAGUUUAACAUUACCUCCAAGUCCAACAGUAGUUUUCAUUUAAGUGAUUAGGCUAUUUAUAUGAUUGUAUUCUAUUGUCUAAUGCCCAUUUGAUUCUUCCAUGUGGUUAUAUAGCACCUUGUCAAUGCUAAUUUUCAGAGGAUGUCAAUGGAAUUAGACGUAUUUGUGGGCAACACCACCAUCAUCGAUGAAGAGGUGUACCAGCUGUGGUUGGAUGGAUAUUCAGUGAACGAUGCAGUGAGGAUGCGGCUAGAGAGUGGUGUUUUCCGUGAGAGUGACGUCAGCAAAGAGGUCCUGCACAGUGACACCAUGGACCAGUACAGAACCUUCCAGAUGUGCGAGCGGCUUUUGCACUGCCCCUCAAAACUGGCCAAUCAGCUCCUCUUUCAGAUCCCUAGCCAGCGGCAGGCUGUGCUCGUAGAAAGGUAUUAUGAAUUUGACCAUACGUUUGCCAGAGAGGUUUUGGGAAAGAAGCUUUCUAAAGGGACCAAGAAGGACCUAGAUGACAUCAGCUCAAAGACAGGCAUCGCCUUAAAGAGCUGCCGUCGUCAGUUUGACAAUUUCAAGCGAGUGUUCAAAGUGGUGGAGGAGCUGAAAGGCCCCCUGGUGGAGAACGUGAAGCAUCAUUUCCUCUUGUCUAAUUCACUGGCCAGGAACUACGCUGCUGUUGUGUUCUUCGCUAACAGCCGCUUUGAGACUGGCAAGAGAAAGCUGCAGUAUUUGUCUUUUCAGGACUUUGCCUUCUGUGCAGGCCAGCUCAUCAGCUACUGGACUGUGGGGGCCGUUGAUGACAUGAUGGAGGACAUGGAUGUAGAUCUGGAGAAAGAGUUUUUGCAUGAUCUAAAAGAGCUAAAGGUUCUGGUUAAUGAUAAAGACAUGCUGGAUCAACACAAAAGUCUGGUUUGCUCCCAGCUUAAAGGAAAAAUCAAGGUCUUCACUGAGAUGGAGGCUAAUUUUAAGAACCUAUCCCGAGCACUGAUCAACAUCGCAUCCAAACUCACCAACACCAAAGAUGUGCGGGAUUUGUUCAUCGACCUUGUGGAGAAGAUCAUUGAACCCUGUCGAUCUGAUAAAUGGUCUGUUGGAGAUCUCAGGCUUUUCCUCACUUACUACACCAGCACUGCCCACACACUUGAUGCAUUCAGGUAUCAAGUGAUAUGGGAGAGAUACAUGGGCGUAAUCAAAACCUGCAUCCUGAAAAUGUACCACAAUUAAAAUGGUGCUCUGGUCCACCAAAAAAUUCCUGCAUUCUCACAUUCCCAGAUUUAUUUGUAUUAUUUUGGAUGUUUCCACCCAAUUUCCACAGUAUGCUUUCUUUUUUUUAGCACUUUGUGUGAAAAUAUUAGUGUUUGAUACUUUGUUAUUAAGUAAAAUAUCCACUUUUACAGAACAGCAGCUCAUAACUUUCUUUUCCUUUUCUCCUACAAUCCAUUGUGUGCCUACUGCAGUAGAUACAGCAUAAAGUUCCUCUGAAAAGGAAGUUGAGGAACUGUAAUGUUUUCUCUCAGUAAAAAAACAGCUAUCAGUGUGCAGCAGGGGGCUUCAUUUACCCCGGCAGCUCUGGAGACAGUGGAUGGGGGUUUGGGUGUGUGAGACUUUUACUGCCUUGUAAAAAUCUGUGAACUAUGACAGCAGUCACCCCCAAUAACCCUCACAAAUAACCAUAAAAAAUCCCCCAAACCAGGACAGUUGUAUAACCUCUGUAUGACAAAUCUCACUUAAGUUGGUGUCUCAAAAAACUUUUAAGUUUCUCAAAAACUUCAGUCACCUAGCCAUUUGUAUGAAGUACCUUUUUGCACUUCACAAAAAUACCAGAAGCUUUGGCACCGGAUAGCUAGAACUAUGAUUUUCCCACUGGCCUCCUAGUUCUAGUUUUAUGGUUUUUGGUAUCUGGUCAAUAUUGGCACCAACAUGGUACUCCAGGGUUGUGACUAGCAGUGUACCGUACCACGAUUAGUUAAACUUAUCAUGUCACACAACAAACAACUUCACCAAAAACCUAAGCUCUAACAGUAAAUUAGGAUGUUUCUAGGAAAAAGAAGGACUAACAGGAACUGUUCAACUGUAUGCUCUAUUAUGUGAUAUAAUUAGGUCCAAUUCUUUU